AUGCACUGGUCAUCUGUGAUAAAGCCAUCAAAUAAUCAAAUCUAUAUACUAUCUGAAGAGGAUCGUACGCGUAUUUAUCAAUUAUUAAAUGACUUAGAUAGUGAUCAACUACGUUUACUUCUUACAAAACAUUUACAAAAUCCUUCUUUAUCGAAUGACAUGCAAAAUUAUACACAUGCACAGCUGUUUCAGGAAUGUUUCUCACUUGUGAAUAAUUCUUAUACAGUUGAAUUAGGGCAAACAUUGCAUGCUUUGCGACAACAACGUUACUCAUCGGAUUAUUUUCAACAACAAAGUGUACCGAAUUUUCGAACACCGUUUAAUCAAGAUCAAACACGUUUUUUUACACAUACCGCAAUGCAACAUAAUGGACGACCAAACAUUAUUGUGUCAGCAUCUCCUGUAAUGGUACAACACUUAAGAAUGAAUCGACCAAAUCUGAAUCAUUUACAACCGAUUAGUAAUAAUGAUCCUCGUUCAUCUCAUCAACAAGCUCAACGAAGUACUUACAUAACUUCAAUUCUUGCUCGCCCGUUACAGAUCAGAUCGUCGUCUCCUUCGGUUGAACCAAUUGUAAAUAAUUCAUUAACAACGGUUUUGCAACAAUAUCAAAUUCCACUUUUACCCGCGCCAUCAUGUAUCCAAUCGUCAACAUCGUCUUCUCGCCAAACUCCUAUUUUACCUGCACCAAGUAAUGCUCAAAAUUUAACAUUCCAUAAAAUAACUUUUAAAAACUUACCAUUUUAUCAUACAAUAACAUGUGUUCAUGAACGUAAUCAUAUAUUUCACUAUGAUUCAUAUCGUAAACAGUUUACAGCUCAUGACGCUUUUAUUUUACCAGUAGAUAUAUGUAAUCAAUUAAGUUUAUCUUACGAUUAUAUUUCUGAUCUGAAUAUUCAUACAACAAGUAAAUGUCUUCUAUUACGUCUUGCACGUAUUGAUCAACCACCUGCAUUUAAUGGACAAUAUGAAGAUAAUCUACCACCAAAUUUAACUAUUGUUGUAAAUGGACAUACUUUAUCAAAUUUGCCUACACCAAAAGCUUCUACACGACAGCAAACUGAUUUAAUACGUGCUGGUCGUGAAAUUGAUAUAACUCCACAUAUUAUGUUUAAUCCGAUAUUAAAAAAUGAAAUUACAAUUACAUGGUCAUAUCACACGGAUAAUACUAGUUUACACAUACAAUAUGUAAAUGCUAAAUAUGCGUUACAUAUUUAUCUUGUCGAACGUUUAACAGUGGAAAAAUUAUGCGACAAAAUUAUCAACAAAAUCGGAAGAUUCUAUCGUCAUGAUUCAGUUAAAUUGUUAGCUAAUGCUCGUGCUAAAGAUGGCGAUCUUGGCUUAGAAGUUAGCGAUCAAAAAUUAAAAUUAAUAUGCCCUAUUGACCAAAGACUGUUAAGAAAGCCUAUACGUGCUACAACUUGUCAACAUUUACAAUGUUUUGAUUUAACAAAUUAUAUUGCAUUAAAUGAAAAGUCAAACAAAUGGAUGUGUCCUGUUUGUAAUAAACCUGCAUUAUUUGACGAUUUACAAAUUGAUUUACAUACAGAAGCAAUAUUGAAUUCGAUAAAAAAUGAAAACAUAACCGAAAUAACAAUUAAAGCAGAUCUUGAUUGGAAACCUGUUAUGCCAAUAAAAACUGAUGACGAAUCAGUAGGCUCAAGUUCAGCAAUACGUGCUAUGUCAUCUUCAAAUGAUAUUAUAUAUAUUGAUGAUGAUGAUUAA